GGAACUGUUGAUUAUUGGUGGGGUUGCUGCAAGAGAUCAACUGUCCAUACUGGAACAAGGAGUGGAUAUUGUCGUUGGAACUCCUGGAAGACUGGAUGACCUGGUCUCAACGGGAAAGCUUAAUUUAUCUCAAGUUAGAUUCCUGGUUCUGGAUGAAGCUGAUGGCCUUCUCCUCCAAGGUUAUUCAGACUUCAUAAACAGGAUCCACAGUCAAAUUCCCCAGAUAACUUCAGAUGGAAAGAGACUUCAGGUGAUUGUGUGCUCUGCAACGCUACAUUCUUUUGAUGUGAAAAAACUGUCUGAGAAGAUCAUGCAUUUUCCCACCUGGGUUGAUUUGAAAGGAGAAGAUUCUGUCCCUGAAACUGUACACCAUGUGGUUGUGCCUGUAAAUCCAAAAGCUGACAAACUCUGGGAAAGGCUUGGCAAGAAUCAUAUCAGAACUGAUGAAGUGCAUGCAAAAGACAAUACACGACCUGGCGCUAACACUCCAGAAAUGUGGUCUGAAGCUAUUAAAAUUCUAAAAGGAGAAUACACUGUUCGGGCAAUCAAAGAACACAAGAUGGACCAAGCCAUUAUUUUCUGCAGGACUAAAAUAGAUUGUGAUAAUAUGGAACAGUACUUCAUCCAACAGGGCGGAGGCCCUGAUAGGAAGGGACAUCAGUUCUCAUGUGUCUGUCUGCAUGGUGACAGAAAACCUCAAGAAAGAAAGCAAAACCUGGAAAGAUUUAAGAGAGGAGAUGUCCGUUUCCUGAUCUGCACAGAUGUUGCUGCUAGAGGAAUUGAUAUUCAUGGUGUUCCAUACGUUAUCAACGUCACACUCCCUGAUGAAAAACAGAACUACGUUCAUCGAAUUGGGAGAGUAGGCAGAGCUGAGAGGAUGGGUUUGGCAAUCUCCCUUGUGGCAAAAGAGAAAGAAAAGGUUUGGUAUCAUGUAUGCAGUAGUCGUGGGAAAGGGUGUUAUAAUACUAGACUGAAGGAAGAAGGAGGUUGUACCAUAUGGUACAACGAGAUGCAGUUGCUGGGGGAGAUUGAAGAACACUUAAACUGCACUAUUGCCCAAGUUGAACCAGACAUAAAAGUACCAGUAGAUGAUUUUGAUGGGAAAGUUACAUACGGGCAGAAAAGAGCACUGGGUGGUGGGCUGUAUAAAGGCCAUGUGGAUAUUCUGGCACCUACAGUACAAGAGUUGGCUGCCCUUGAAAAGGAGGCUCAGACAUCUUUCUUGCAUCUUGGCUAUCUUCCUAACCAGCUGUUCAGAACAUUCUGAUUGUGCCACACUUGAGACAAGUUAAUAAAUGCUCUACCCUGCAAAUAAAAAAAUCCCAUACUGUCUCUGAGUAGCAGUAGUUAGAAAAGAAUUAAAAUUAAAUAUAUUCUUGCAUGAUGAACAGUGUGUUCAGUGUUGUUAACUCUGCAUUAGCUCCUGUCUUGAUAAAAUAAAACAAGUUGAAGAU